AAAGGUCAAAAUGUUACGACAAAUUUAUGGACUACCAUGGUUAAUUGUUCUUAUAAAAGUGUGUGUAACUCAGGACUUUUGCCCCGAGGGAUUUUUCCAAUAUGGACCGUCGUGCUAUUUCUUUUCCUCUCAUUUAGCCGCAGACUGGAUUGAGGCGGGGUCCUUCUGCAAAAGAUUUCAGGGAGGGGAUCUUGUUGCUAUCGAAACUCAAUCUGAAAACAAUUUCAUAUAUCAGGAGCUACUUAUGAUGCAUGAAAACAAGACCCAUUUAGAGGACUUCUGGAUUGGAGGAACGGAUGAGUUUGUGGAAGGCCAUUGGAUAUGGAUACCGACGAUGGAGAAAGUGGGAUUCACUGAUUGGUCGCCGGGUAACCCUAGUGACAGUUCGUCCAAUGAGGACUGUAUGGAGAUCAUUGUAGGCCACACCGCUCAGUCUACCCACUGGAACGAUGACGACUGCUCUAAGAAAGCCAACUUCAUUUGUGAAGUGCCAAUUGGCGAAGGAGGAUCUCCGGUCAUAGGUUGAUGUGAAGUUCUACACGUGUAUCAGAUUGAUUAAAUAAAGCAUCAAAUGACAAAUAAA